AUGGCCUGUAUAGUGAACCCACCUCAAGAUGACAUAGAACCGAACAUCUCCAAUUCUAUUUUGUGGCCCCCACAAGGUGGACUCAUUCGGAUUUGGUCGAUUAUAAGUAGACAGAAUGACGGAUUCUGGCAAGUUAAGAAAAAGCAGUCCAAUGGUAAUUUUUUGCUCGAUGGUAAAGGACGAUACGAUGAUCGUUCAUUGUUCCGCAUGUACACAAUUCGAUCUCCUGAGGAAGAGUUUAUACCUGGUGACGAUGAGACGCCGUGUUGGAUUGGUAUUCCUGGCAACCACAUUGGUGGUAAAGCUGACAAGAAUUUGAUAUAUAUGCUUGAAUGGACAGUUGAUAAUAAAGGCAACAAAAUUGUUGUGGCAAAGGGGUAUCCGUUACCAUCCGAAAUUUUCGAACCACCACAAGUCCCUGAAGAUGAACGGAUCAACUUGUCAUUCCUUGUAAAAUUUGAUUAUAACAAAGGUUGUUACAUUAUUCAUGACUUUGAUCAAUGGAUGAAAAGACCCGAAACGAAGUAUUUCUAUGUGAAAACCAACGGAAAAGGAAUUACAUCUAGAGAGAAGUUGGUGAGAGACGAAAAUCUUACAGGAUCCCAAAGUCGGUAUUACAAUGAUCCAGGACUUAUGUAUUACAUCAACAGUUACGGAAUCUAAAACUGUCAAAUAAACUAUAAUGUAAUAUCAUUAUCGUAAUAAUGUUUUAACCCCUAAUGUAAUAACAAGUCAACAGAUACUGUAAUAAAAAAUUUCCAGUAAUGUAAUAAAUGAGAUAACCCAAUAUGGUAACAACUUUUACCAAUAAU